CAUAGUCACCCAUGCCAGCAUUCACCAAUGGGUUAAUUCCCCUGCUGGCCAGCGGACAGGACCUCCCACCAAUAGUUCAAAGUUCUCCUUCCUCCCUUACCCUCUUGUCUUUUUUGUCCUGUCCGGGCCAGGGAAGGAUCUAUUUUUAAGAGAUUAAAGAAGAUACUAAUAGGAGGAUGAGAAUCGGUGCUGUGAAGCCUAGAAGCUCCCCUUGUAGGGGUCAGCAGGGGCUAACUUACGUAAUCAGGGCUCUCCUCCCGUGUUGCGGGUCAGGGAGUUCUGGGCAGCAUGGCAGCGACACUGUGGCUCUUGGCGUAUCCUCCCGCAUGGCGGGUUAGGUGAGUGCCAGAAACGCUGGGGGAAAGAAGCCGGCGCGAAGGAGAGGUAAGCCGUGUGUGCGCAUUAGCGCUGAGACGAAGGGCGGAUGUGACGUCAACAGAGGAAGUGGCCGGACGGCCAUCUUGGUUGAGGGCAUUAGCGUCCCUCGUAAGUGAGCGCGACUGGAACCAGAAGUGCGGCUUCUUGCCUGAGGGCAGCGUUUUGACCCGCGUGAGCCUAUGUGAUAACAAGGGGCAGAUAGGAAGAUAAUAUUGUUUUAUACAGAGUGCUGCCCCUUGAUUUAAACAGCAAACACUUCCUGUGGGUGCCAUUUGCUUCUCAGAAUCCUGAGCUUUCAAGGCAUCGAUACAGUUCACCAAUGGAACCUGGUAUGACGGGAAAAGCCUCUCACCCCAAAGGGAAAAGCCUUCCUGCCGCAGACGCUAAAAAAGACAAGUCUCCAGACAAAUCAACAGCCUCUGCAGAAAAACAACAGGAGCCUGGAACCUCUCUAUUAUCACAGGAAAAUCAGUUAUUUGCAGAAUCCUUGGCCUCAGUAAUUAAACAGGCAGUCAUACAGGGAUUUCAGGAGGUAUCGAGUUCUAAGAAGAGGACGAGACACUCUCAUGGAAGACAAGGGGAGCCUUUGUCUGAUAUUUCAGAAGGAGAUUUGUCAGAUGACUCGGAUGUGCUGUCUCAAGCAGGGUCGGAAGAGGGAGAAAUUGAGUCAGAGGAAGAAUCCUCUUUCGAUUUAGCAGUAAUUGAUCCGUUAAUUAAGGCAGUUAGGCAAACCCUAACCUUUCCUACAGAAUCAGCGAGGGUAUCGGCAGCGGAUAAAUUAUUUCCCUCUUCGAAGAAGCGAUCUGUGUGUUUUCCGGUGCACUCGUCUAUAAAAGAAAUUAUCCAGACGGAAUGGAAAAAGACAGAGAAAAGGGCUCAGACAGCAGGGAAAUUCGGAAAAAAGUAUCCCUUUGAUGAGCAGGACUCAAAGGCCUGGGAGUCUCCACCAAAGGUCGAUGCGGCUGUGGUUAGGUUGGCUAAGAAGACCACCUUACCGGUAGAUGAUGCGACAGUCUUUAAAGAACCAAUGGAGAAGAAGAUAGAAUUUAAUUUAAGAAAAGCCUUUGGAUCAGCAGGAGCAGCCUGUAAGCCAGCUGUGGCUUUAACAUCUGUAUCUAGAGCCUUGAAAGUGUGGCUGUCUGAGCUAGGAGAAGCUAUAUCAUCGAAUGUAAAAAGACCUAAACUGCUGGAGAUGUUAGCAGACUGCAGAAUGGCAACGGAGUUUAUUUCGGAAGCUUCAAUUGAUUUAGUGCAUUUUUCAGCUAGAUCUAUGGCGCUAUCCGUAGCAGCCAGGAGGGCACUAUGGCUAAAAUCUUGGGCAGCAGAUACGGCAUCAAAAGUAAACCUGUGUCAGUUACCUUUUGAAGGAGAGAUGUUAUUCGGAGAAAAACUGGAUGCUAUCAUUAAGAAGGUGUCGGGAGGUAAAAGUGUAUUUUUACCUCAAGAAAACCAAGCCAAGAAACCCCGCUUUGAGUCAAGCUAUAACAAGCCGAAAGAUAAGUCUUUUAGGGCCUCCAGACAGUAUAAGCCCGGGAGAGAAUAUUCCAGGCAAUCUUCCUGGAGAGCAGGUCGGCCAAGUUCCAGAGGCACAUCUAAGAGACCUGGGUUUUUUUCCACCACCCCUUCCACUUCAAAUCAACAAUGAAGGUGGCAAGGCCCAGAUCAUGGUGGGGGGCAGACUAGCCGAAUUUUCUCAUGUCUGGGCCACGACUAUUCAGGACGUAUGGGUACAGAAAGUGGUUCAGUCAGGAUUUCUACUAGAAUUCAAAUCCGUACCCAGAAACAAUUUUUUCAUACAAUCCGUCGUCAAGGCGACAGAAUUGGACA